AUGAGUACGUUUGAAGAACAAAACUUUAGCUCAGAUUCAUCAGAGUAUUCUGACUUUAUUCCUGAUGAAAAUGAAAACGAGGAGUCUUCUAAUGAUAAAGUUGUGAUGACUAGGAGUAAGAGAAAAAAAAUUGAUCAUGAAGCCAACGAAGACAAAAAAACAAAAAGAUUAAGAAUUGAAGAAACAGACAUAAAUGAACAAGAGAUUGCUCAACGUAAUGAUAAAAUUGAUGCAUUAUGGACAGAGUUUAAUGAAGAUAUACAAGAACCGAGCACAUCAGUUUCAAAGCACUCAAAUUCGGCCAAAAUGAUUACCAUACCAGAAAUUCGAGAGUUUGCUGGGGAGUUAAUAACGGUGCAGAAACAAGUAUACGAGGACUCUGAAGAGGCUAAAGCUUUUCUUACCAGUCAAACGAAAAAUAGCAACAUAACACAAUCUAAUAACAUGCAAGAAUCACCAAAAGAAAAAAACAUUUCAAUAAAUCAAACUUCAUCACCAUUGAAUUCCCCAUCUGUUAAAACAAGCAAAUCACCUAUAGCAUCUGCUAUUUCAGGGCGUGGUAAAUUUGGUAAACCAAAAAAAUCAACCCUUGGGCAACUUGCUGCAUCACUUAGUAAAAAACCAAAAAAACUAAAUACUUUGGAGAAAUCAAAGAUAGACUGGAAAAAUUAUGUAGACCAAGAAGGAAUUGUUGAUGAACUCAAAUACCAUAAUAAGAAUGGAUAUAUAGAGAAACAGGAAUUUUUGCAGCGUACUUAUGAAGCGCGUGAUUCUGAGAUAAAGGCAUUGCGAAAAAGAACCCGUAAUAUUAAAAUACAAAAUUAUAUAGAACUUAAUGCUUUAACUAAAGUUAAAAGACCUUUUGCUUCAUAUUAUUCUACCGUAUUUAAGCCAAAAACGUCGCAAAGUUCACUUUCACCAGAACCACCGACAGAUCCUUUACCUACUCCACCACCGGAACCAGCUGGCGUCAAUAAUCCCAUAGAUUCGUUACCACCCCCUGAUAAGACAGGCUCUUCAAUAACUUUUCCAUGGAUUUACGGUGACCAGCCGCCACGGAUAAAGCAUUAUCCAUAUCCUAUGGCAGAUACAAGAAGCGAUAUAAUAUUUUCACUGUUGUCGCUGCUGCCAACAUUUAUGCAGCAUGAACUUUGUAAAUUGUUCGGUUUUCGUUUGUUGAAGGAUUCUACAUCACCUGCAUAUUUUCCAAAAGAAUUCAUAAUAGGCGAACAAUUAGAACAAAUGUUUACGUCAAGGUUAUACGAUCGUUACAUUUCCGAAUUUGAAAAAAUAGAAAAAGAGAAAUCCACAAUAAAUAUUGAACUGCUUAAAAUUUAUGGUUUGGGAAUUCGAGAUAUUUGGUUCACAAUUGCUCCUAAAAAGGUAAUAACAAAUCGUGAUUACAAUAUUAUUCAAUGGAUGACAUCCAAAAUAGCACUUCCGAAAAUUUCGAAUGAAAUGUCCAAUUUUGAACGAAGAUCUCGAAUUUCAUUUUCUGCUGCAAAGAGUUUUGUAUCAGUUAUUAAUUUUAAAGUAGACAUAGAAGUAGAUGCGGACGUUAUGUACACGUUGAAAUCAGCAAAAAAUGAGAUAUUAGUUCAUGAUAAAACUAGAAGAAUUAUAUUAUUUCGAUUUGAGAGUCCAUACUUUGAACCUACGGAAAAGAUUAGUUCGAGUAAAAUGACAGACAACAAUAACGAUAUAUCAAUAAAUUGGAACUGGCGAAUUGGUGAUAUUGAUUAUUUAUUAGAAAAAGAAGAUUUAGAAAACAAAGACGAAAAAGAAUCAAUGGUUUAA